UUCAAAACAAAAAAGAGAAAAAGACAGCGAAAGGUUUUCCGCCUUCAAAGUGUGUUCUGUCCAGUGUUCUACCCUCGCUCUCUCAUCUAGAAAGAAAGAAAAAAAAAACUCUCUUGCCCAGUUCUCCAAAACCGCGGAGGCGGCACUGCUGUUUUGGCCGUCAAUCUCCACUCUCAAAACAUGGUGGAGAAGAACGCGGGAGCUCUGUCUUUUAACGUGGGCACAAAUGGAGUCUUGCGUAAACGUAAGUCGCGUUCUAAAUCUGAUGGUGAUCUAUCUGAUAUCGAUGACGCUGAGAUUACCGGAUAUCUUAACAACAACACAGAGAUGCUUUUCAAGAAGAUGGUUUGGGAAGCUAUGAAUAAAGAUUAUCGAAAGGAUUAUGAGGGCAUCUGUAUGCUGGUGCCAACAAAUAUAAAAACUGGGUUAGCUACUGAUUCUAUUUUGGCCUCAACUUAUUCAAAUUCUCCAAUAUCUUAUAUAUAUAUAUAUAAUAUAUUUUUUUUUUUUUUUUUUUGUCAGCAAAAACAAAAAAAGCCUACUAUGGGAAAGAAAUCUACUUCUGCUAAGAAAGCUGUUGCUAGCAGGAUGGAAAAAAGAAAGGAAGAGGAAAAGGAGAAUAAAAUGAGGCUGAGUUCAAAAAUCAACUAUGAUGCAUUGGAGAAGCUAAGUGAUGAGCCUGUACUCUCUCUCUCUCUCUCUAUGGAAGAAGUUGCUGAAAAGACUAAGACGAAUAGUAUAGACUUGAACUGGGGCAAUCAAAUUGACACACAGCAGUCCAGAGGAACAUCAGGAACAUCGGGUUUGGAAAUAUGUGGUUUUGAGGAAGACAUUUUCAGUGAUGAGGUUGAGCCUGAAAAUUGUAAUCUAUACUCCUAUGGAGAUGGGGAAGAGGAUGGAUAUGGCUAUAGGGAAGAUUAUAACUAUGAAGAAUUUUGAGGGUAAAGUUCUUUUGUCGAUAUUCUAGUGCUGUUAAGUUUCUAGGCAGGCUUUUAGGUCACAAUUAUGUGAUGAAAUUUUGCAUAGUUGGCUGCUAUUGCUGCAACAGUUUUGCAACUUGUGAAAAUACAUGAUGCAACUUAUUGCUCCAAAUAAUGGAGUUAUUUUGUAAGAUUACUUUUUGUUAAACGUCGGUAUGAUAUUGAUAUUUGUGUCUUAUAAUCUAUAUUUUCAACUUGAAAGACAUGUUUAUUAAGUGGAGGAAAACUUUUAUUUAUAAGUUUAA